AUGGUGGAAAGGAAAAAUAGAGAUAUGAAAUCACAAAUAGCAAUUAUGGUUAAAGAAAAUCACCACAAUUGGCCAAGUACAUUACCAGCAAUACGCUUCUCGAUGAAUACAGCUAUGUGCCAAACCACAGGCGCUUCGCCAUCAUAUCUUACAUUUGGUCGUGAACUACGAACUGUAUACGAUUUAACACAUGAUUUAAGUACAAUUCUUGAAACUGAAAAUUUUGUGAAAGAAAUCACGCCUACUAUGAAAAAGUUAACGCAAGAUUUGGCAUUAGCAAAGGAAACUAUUGAACAAAAUCUGGAAGCAAGCUGUAAUCGAGCAAAUGCUAAAAGAAGAAAAGAUCCUGGAUAUAAACCUGGUGACUUAGUGCUGGUUGAGACACAUCCAAUAAGCAGUAAUGAGAAACAGUUCACAGCCAAAUUUGCUCCACGCAGAGACGGUCCUUAUGUUGUCCUUAAGAAACAUGGAGUAUCCACAUAUGAGGUAGCAAACCCAAAAUCACCAGAAAAAUCCAUGGGAAAAUAUCACACUUCAGCAUUAUGUAAAUUUGAACAAAGAGAUGAUAACGUGCCCAAACCCUUAAAUCCCAUAAGAAAAAGAGGGAGACCAAGGAAGAUGGAUACUGAUCCUGGUACUCAGUCGGGACGACUAUAG